UUUGCGUGCGCUGGCGAGUCGUCUGCCACAGUUCAAAAUGCCCUACAACACGGUAAAGAUAACCAACGUCCCUGCCAUAAAAAAUGCCCCCCUGGAGGGCCUGGCAGAGGGCAACGGCUCCUUCAACAACGUUCACCUCGCCAUCCUCGUUGUCGGUGUCCCGUGGGUUGCCAAGCGCAUCCUUCCCAUCGUCAACCACAGCGGCUUCAAGACUUAUGUCUUCCUCGUUGUUGUCCUCGGUCUCCCCGUAACGAUGGGUUACUGGACGCUUAUGAGCACGUACGGCAAGCGCAAGAAUUACAAGGUCCAAUUCCCUGAACGCAACCUUGAGGAGUACAUAACGAUCCACGACGAAGCACUCAAGAAGAAGUAUCACGGCAAGGAGAAGAUCCCCAUGCAGGUCUUUCACGACGCGUAUUUUGAGGGCAAGAUUGACUUUAACGGCGAUGUCCUUGACACAAUGGAACAGCGCCACGACUGGGCCAAGAUGGUCUUCACGCUCGAACUCUUCAAAUAUGUGUUCUUUACCCUUAUUCCUGAGGUUAUCAAGCACACCGAGUCUCAGGACGAAGAACAAGUUCGCGACCACUACGACCGAGGCGAUGAUUUCUACGGAUGGUUCUUGGGACCCCGGAUGGUCUACACGUCCGGUAUCAUCGGCGACGUCAAUUCAGAGGAGUCUCUUGAGCAGCUUCAGGACAACAAGCUGACCGUUGUCUGCGAGAAACUCAACCUUCAGCCUGAAGAUCACCUUCUCGAUAUUGGAUGUGGCUGGGGUACUCUUGCAGCCUUCGCACAUAAGAACUACGGCUGCCGUGUCACCGGUGUCACACUUGCGAAGAACCAGACCGCUUUCGGUAACGAACGUAUUCAAAACAACGGCGGCGAUCCCGAACGCGCCAAAAUCAUCUGCACUGACGCACGCUACAUUCCUGGGGGAAAGGGUGCUUAUACCAAGAUUGUUUCCCUUGAGAUGGCCGAGCACGUCGGCAUACGCCGUUACCAGUCUUUCCUUCGCCAAGUCUACGACCUACUUGACGACGAUGGCGUCUUCCUGCUCCAAGUUGCCGGUUUUCGUCCUCACUGGCAAUACGAGGACCUCAUCUGGGGUCUCUUCAUGAAUAAGUAUAUCUUUCCCGGCGCCGAUGCGUCCUGCUCUCUGGGAUGGGUCGUCGGUCAGGUCGAGGCUGCAGGUUUUGAAGUCAAAAAUAUCGACGUCCUCGGUGUGCACUAUUCCGCGACCAUCUACCGCUGGUACAAGAACUGGGUAUCAAACAAGGACAAGGUCAUUGAAGCCUACGGUGAUCGCUGGUACCGCAUCUGGGUCUUCUUCCUUGCGUACGCGACGAUCAUCUCACGAAAUGGAGGUGCAUCCGUCUUCCAGCUCACUCUCCACAAAAAUCUGAAUGGCUACCCGCGUGUGCUUGGCCAACCAAAUCACCAGUCCAUCCAUGUCCUCCCUAAGAGGGAGAUCUCGUAAGUUGCUCUGUCUCCCUCAUUACUCACAUUGCUUGUACUCAU